AUGCUGCUUCGGUCCUACUUCCAAGGUCAUGGAAUCUUUGCGCCUUGGCCCUGCCGCGCGCGAGGGCUGCAUCUGGUUCAAGAGACGCAAGCCAUUCUGCAGGUGCUUGUAUGCGGUGCGAUAGUUGCCGCGGAGGUUCUCGAGGCAAACAAAGACGGCGCAGGUAAUCAGCGUAACGCGGACAGCGGGCUUGCUACCGCUUCCAGACACUGGCUGUCGGUUGAGAUGCCUGAUGGAUUUGUUGUACUGCUCGAGCGUGAACCGCUCCAGGCCGUCAGGGGUGUCGAGGGACGGGAUGCGGUUAGCAUUGCCGAGUGCGGCGGCGGCAGCUGUGAACCGUGCUUGCGGUACUCGGCCUCGGUGACUGUUUGCCUCCGAGGCUCGGUCGCUUGGGACAAGGUCACGGCAUUGGCGUUGACGUUGACGCUAGCGCUGGUAGCAGCAGCAGCAGCAGCAGGACUGUAG